AUGAAGCUUUUACAUUUGUUCCUUGUUGUGAUUAUUGCUGAAGAAGCUUUCUCGGGUGAUGGAAAUUCUUGUUCAAGUCCACCUUUGUCGUUCAGCCCAAGUGACAUUAUUAAUAGAUUGGACAACAUCAAAGACUUCAUCGGUGAUGCUGUAUCAGAAUAUUUACCAUUUUUUGAAGGCGCUGAUGUGGAUUUUGGUGGCACAAAUCAUGAAAAAUCGGAAAAUGCUGUUAGCCUCCUAAUUGAACUUCAAACUGUUCUUUCGAACAACGGAAUACCAUCUUCUGUACAAGAUUUCUUCCCACUUAUUGAUGAUAUAAUUUAUAAUACACAAUCAACAGGAAUUCAGAAGAAAAUUGAUGAAAUUAUAGCAUCAGUAGAUGCUGCAAGCCAAAUUCUAUACGCAGUAUUGGGAACAAUUAUUGGUCAAAUCGCAACUGAAACUAAUUCUUCUCUUGAUUACUUGAGUGACGUUAUGACACAACAAAUUGAUACUGCCGAUUAUCCAAUUUCUUGCAUUGCUGAAGCAUUAAUUCAACUGUAUCAAUUUAUGUUUAACACAUAUGAAACGAUUGAAAAUGCUGCUAUUGCAGCUAAAGCAAGUAUGGAAGCAAUGCCAUAA